UCCACAUAGGCCCAGGCCUCCCUCCUCCCUGCCCCCUCCCCACCUGCAGUCUUUGCCUUCCUCAGCUCUUCUUCCCAGAAAGGCUGGGCGGCUGCUGACCCCGCCAGCUCUGGCACCCUCUCCUCAGGGCGGGCGCUGCCACCCCAGCUCAGACAGAGGGCCAUGGCCUGGGAGGCCCUGCACCUGCUGCCCCUUGUCCUGCUGGUAUUCCUGGCCUCAGGCUCCUGGGAACAGCAGCCAGAGGUGCUGCGGAAACUGGAAGGGGAGGAUGUCUCUGUAAGUUGUGAUUGUCGAGUCCAGAGUGGUUUAAGGACGAAAACCAGGUGCAGAGUCACAUCAGCACAAACUUGUACCCCAUUAGUCACCCAUCCCAGGCUUGACCAGGAGCCUGGAGACCCGAGAUUCGUCAUCAGGGAUGACCCCGGACAGGGGUACUUCACCGUCACCAUGACUGCGCUGGCAGAGAAGGACUCGGGCUUGUAUUGGUGUGGACUCUAUGAAUAUCCCCAGAUUGACAUUCUCAGAGCCAUCCGUCUGCCGGUCUCUCCGGUUGGGGUCUAUUUCUCUUCUGAAGCCCUCAUGCAAGCCUCGAAUGUUACUGCCUCAAAGCAGCACAAGUCCCACCAACCAUCCACUGAGGAAAUGAGCUGAGCCUGCCGCCUGCCCUGGCCCUUUCCAAGGUGCAGGUGAUGGCUAUUGUUCUGACUUGCGGAUUCGUCCUGAACAAGGGCCUGGUGUUCUCAGUCCUGUUUGUCCUUCUCUGGAAAGCCAGGGCCUCAGGCGAGCCAAACCCAGGGGAGCAGCAAAGUCACCCUUCCAGGAGCUGACGGGCAUGCCUUCCUCCCCUAGCAAACAUCACAUUCGCUCUUGUUCCCCAAAGGAGCUAACAAAUAAACUGAUCUCUCAGGGAA